AUGGAGUUGAGUUUCAAGUCUUCUUGCCAUGAAAACCCAAAAGCUGAUGCUGAGGUAGAAGAAAGCAUGCGCUUUGACAAGUCUCUUCAGGAGCUGAGAGAACUAAGGUCUCAGUUACACCAAGCUGCAGAUUACUGUGAAACUACAUUCUCCAAAACCAAAGAGAAGAGUGAUGUGGUGGAGAACACAAAAGAGUACAUAUGCAGGAGCAUGGUCACUGUUGUUGAUCAUCUUGGAAACGUCUCAGCCAAUCUUGAAGGCCUUAUUUCUCAGACAAACGCAUUUUCUGAAGCUGAGUUACGAAUCCAUUGCUUACAACAAAGACUUGUUUUGUGUGAACAAUAUGCUCGUACAGUUGCCCUAGAAAAAAUGCAAUUGAGUGAGAAUUUGCAUAGAUUCCAUUCGCGUUAUUUGUCACCAACACCUCCCCUUGAGAGAUCAAGCAGUAAAAAAGUAAUAAGAGAUAGUGAAAGUCGAGCUCCAUUAAAGAUAGAAGAUAACCACGUAUCGGAGACACGAGAGGAUUUGCCGCUUUUUAUGUGCACCCAUAUGCUUCCAGUUAAAAAUUUGAAGCCAACCACCACAGCUACACUUAAUGGGCAUAACAAUUUGGGCAUGGUGGCACCAGUUCGGGAGGAUUCGUCAUUCUUAACAAAAGUUCCAAAUCCUACUUUCCAUUUCCAAAGUACCCAGAAGGUUGGACGCCACAGAAGAUCCUCGUUUAGUAGUGACAUCUUAUGGCUCAUACGGCGUACAAAACGAACCCAAUGA